AUGUGGGAGUUCGGGCAUCCAGACCCGCGGGAAGAGAACCGCAAGCAGGUAGGGCCCGAGUGCACCGGGCCGAAGAGUCGGAGGACCUUGAAGAACUCCAGGUUGGGUUCGGCUCCGGGAGCUAAGGCAAGGUUGAGACGGAACCGCUCUCCUCAGCAAGCGGAACAGCCGACACUGGAUCAUCGCAGGUUUCCCGCCCAAACAGUUACCCCGCUACCCCGCGGGCUUCAGCAGCGAAACUCCAGGGAUGAGGAACGAGCAGAGGGCGCGCCGGCUUCCGGGAGGGCCUGGGCGCUCGAGCGCUUCGGGGGCCUCGCGGGGCCGCAAGGGACGCACGGAGCGCAGAGACCGAGCCCCGCCCCCCUCGCGACGCCCAAUCCCCGCCGGGCCCGCCCCCGGGCGGCGCGGGAGCACGCGGGCCAGCGGCGCGCGGGGCGCAGGCAAGAGCCGUGGGCCCUGGGCCGAGUGUCAUUUUCGUUGAAAAGAACUCCAAGCUCCAACCUGCCUUCGUCCAGCCCUCACGCUGCGCCAACAGCACACAGGAGCAGCGUCGCAUAG